AUUCUCCAUUAAGAUUCAUUUUUAUUAUCUUUAUAUACAGAAAAUCAACUCUAUGCUAAGUAAAGAUUUCAACAGCUUGCACCCACACAGACACACAAGUAUAAAGUACUGUUUUAAGACUAGUUUUACCAUUAAUUCUCAUAGUAAAACACAUUAAGGACAGAGGUCCUACAUGGGGAGCAAGUGCUCAGUGACUCCUAUUAUUGACCAUAAAUCACUUUUUAAAAUAUUUUAUUUAUUUAUUUGAAAGUCAGAGUUACACAAAGAGACAGAGAGGCAGAGAGAGAGAGAGUCUUCCAUCUGAUGAUUCACUCCCCAAUUGGCCGCAACAGCGGGAGCUAGGCCAAUCCAAAGCCAGGAGCCAGGAGCUUCCUCUGGGUCUCCCACAUGAGUGCAGGGGCCCAAGCACUUGGGCCAUCUUCUAUUGCUUUCCCAGGCCAUCGCAGAGAGCUGGAUCAGAAGUGGAGCAGCCGGGACUCGAACCGGCACACAUAUGGGAUGCCAGCACUGCAUAUGGUGACUCUACCCGCUAUUCCACAAUGCUGCCCCCCAUAGUCAAAAUAUUUCAAAAUUGAAAGGUCAGUUAGAUAGGAAUAAGUGCAGUGAUAUAUUGUACAGCACAGACUGAAGCUCAUCAUAAUGCCUGUACUGUGGAAAAUCACGUAAGUAAAUUGCAAUGUGCUCACCCCAGCCCCUAAAAGGGUAAAAAUGUGAGGUUCAGCAUAUGUUACGUCCCUCAAUGUAGCCAUGUCACAGUGCAUGCAUUUUCCUUUUUUUUAGGAUUUAUUUAUUUAUUUUAAAGGCAGAAUUAUGCAGAGGCAGGGUGGGAGAGAGAGAGAGAGAGAGAGAGAGAGAGAGAGAGAGAGAGAGUGAGUCUUCCAUCCACUAGUUCACUUCCCAGGUGGCUGUAACAGCCAGAGCUGUGCCAAUCCAAAGUCAGGACCCAGGAGCUUCUUCCAGGUCUCCCCUAUGGGUGCAGGGACUCAAGCACUUGGGCCAUCUUCUACUGCUUUCCCAGGUGCAUUAGCAGGGAGCCGGAUCAGAAGUGGAGCAGCCAGGAUUCCAACCAGUGCCCAUACGAGAUGCCGGCAUGGCAGGCAGUGGUUUUACCUGCUAUGCCACAGCGCCAACCCCAGCAUACAUUUUCAAAACACCUUGUUGCAUGCAAUAGAUGCAAUGUUUUUAGGUACAGACUUUGGGGGAGGGUUUGGGACACCCGCAUCCCCUGUCAGAGUGCCUGGGUUCAAGUCCCACUUCUGCUGUCUAGUCCAGCUCCCUGCUAAUUCACACCCUGGGAUGUAACAGGUGAUGGCUCAAGUGCUUGGGUCCCUGCCACCCACAUGGGAGACCCAGAUGGAACUCCUGACGCUCCUGGCUUUAGGCUGAGCCAGCCCUGGCUGUUGUGGGCAUUUGAGGAGUGAACCAAUGGAUUCAUCCUCUCUCUUUCUCUCUCUCUCUCUCUCCCCCUUUCAAAUAAAAUAAAUAAAUAAAAUGUUUAAGACUUUGAGAUUAAACUCCCAACACAUGAACUUUGGAGGAAACACCCAAACUAUUAGAAAAAUCAUAACCUAAGAGAGGAAAACAAAGAAAAUGCUAGGUGCCCCUCUGGGUUCCCAUUCAAUUCUAUUUGACUUCCUGUUUAUAAACGAUGUCCAAGUUGACAACAAACAGUGGAGUUAGGUCUUGGAGACACUGAGAUAGCGCAGCUUGGGGAGAAAGUCUGAAGAUGGUGUGACCCCAAGAAACUUAGCCUAGGGAUGGCAUGGAUGGUCCCCGAGGGCUCAUCGGGAAGCUGGGACUGCAACCCCUCUCUAACUGUCCCUAUUAUGUCCCCAGGAAACAGCAGCUGUCCAUGGAACUGGGAAACCACACAGCAGUCUCUGAAUUCCUCCUCCUUGGACUCUCACAACAGCCAGAGCACCAGACUCUUCUGUUUGGGCUCUUCCUCUCCAUGUACCUGGUCACUGUGGCUGGGAAUCUGCUCAUCGUCCUGGCCAUCCUCUCAGAUCCCCAGCUCCACACGCCCAUGUACUUCUUCCUCUCCAACCUGUCCUUGGUGGACGUCUGCUUCAUCUCCACCACCGUCCCCAAGAUGCUGGUGAACAUCCAGACGCAGAGCCAAGCCAUCCCUUAUGCGGGCUGCCUCGCCCAGAUGUACGAUUUUCACCUCUUCGGUACCAUGGACAGUUUCCUGCUGGCGGUAAUGGCCGUGGACCGGUUCACGGCCAUCGUCCACCCACUUCGCUACCAGGUCCUCAUGAGUCCCCGUGUCUGCGGGCUGCUGGUGGGCGGCCCCUGGGUGGUCACCAACCUCCAGUCCCUCGUCCACACCUGCCUCAUGGCUCAGCUGAGCUUCUGCCAUGCCAACAAGAUCACGCACUUCUUCUGCGACCUCAUGCCCCUGCUGAAGCUGUCCUGCUCGGACACGCGCACCAACGAGUUGCUGGUUUUUGCUUUUGGCAUCGUCAUGGGCUUCAGCCCGCUCUUGUGCAUCCUAGUCUCUUACCUCUGCAUUUCCCGGGCAGUUUUCAGAAUCCCCUCUGCUCGGGGCAAGUGGAAAGCCUUCUCCACGUGUGGCUCCCACCUCACCGUGGUCUCGCUCUUCUACGGGACCAUCUUCGCCGUGUACCUGCAGUCCGCGCCUGCGCGCGGCUCCUCCCGGAAAGAGAAGGCAGCUGCCCUGAUGUGUGGGGUGGUCAUCCCCAUGCUGAACCCCUUCAUCUACAGCCUAAGGAACAAGGACAUGAAGGCAGCCCUGAGGAAGCUCUUCGGCAGAGUCACCUCCUCCAGCGUCUAGGGCAGAGCAGAUGUUGAGUGCCUGCUGUGUUUCCGAGACUACUGGCUGCGCGCUGGUGACACGGGGUGGGGGUGCACCCCUUGAGUGGUUCAGACUCCAGCAGGGAAUAGAGAUGUACCGAUCAAGCCUGACUGCAUGCUGAUGUGAACAGGUCAUCAAGAGAUGGAUAAAGUCAGGGCCGGCGUAGCGGGUUAAGCCUCCACCUGCCGCUUCGGCAUCCCAUAUGGGUACCAGUUCAAGUCCCAGCUGCUCCACUUCCUAUUCAGCUCCCUGCUAAUGGCCUGGGAAAGCAGCAGAAGAUGGCCCAAGUGCUUGGGCCCCUGCAUCCACAUGGGCAGACCUGGAAGAAACUCCUGGUUCCUGGCUUUGGAUCAGCGCAGCUCUGGGGAGUGAACCAGUGGAUGGAAGACUCUCUCUCUGUCUCUCCCUCUCUCUGUCUGUAAUUCUCCCUCUCAAAUAAAUAAAUAAAUCUUUUUAAAAAGAGAGAGAGAAAUGAAUAAAGUGCCAUGGAAACACAAAAGUUUCCCAACCGAACACCCCCAUGAAGUAGCCAGAAAGCCUUCAAUAUGGGCACCAAGUUGCUCCAUGGACCAUACAAAUGUGAAGAGAGACGGGGCAAUGAUCACUGGGAUACUGGCAGACCACCCCACCUCUUAGCUGGUGACAUCCCCGAGGGAUGUGCUUAGACAGCAUCUGCAGCCAUAAGCCCACACCUGCUGGCUUCUGCCAUGGCCAGGCUGGGCCUCCUGGG